GCCAUUCUUCAGAAGUACACGUCUUUGCCUGCCGGUGUGUGUUGUCAGGCAUAAAUUAAAUGGCUCUUCAAAUAUUGUCCAGAUUCUCAAAAAUAAUACCCGUCGGGUCGAGGUUUCAUCCUACGACAUUCCGACUUCAAACCAGCGGCGGGUUUAAGGUGGAACACGACCGACUGAACUGGCGCUUCACCGUGUCUCCGAGCAGCGGCACAGGAGCAAAUGAGACUGCAACGCUUCUCUACAGAUUCACAGAAGCCAAGAAGGUGGAACUCAUAUCCACCUUUGUCCCCGAGUCUUACAGGGGGCAAGGUGUGGCCGCUCUGCUCUCAAAGGCUGCCAUUGACUUCCUGCUUGAGGAGAAGCUGAAAGCUCGAGUGUCCUGCUGGUACAUCAAGAAAUACAUUGAAGAACAUCCCCGUCAGGACUAUAAAGAUGUUAUCAUCAGCUGAGACCAUUAUCAGGUUUAUCCUGGCUGAAAACUCACAUGCACAAACACAACAUAGACCAUAUACUGAAUAGUGACUCAUGCAUUUAAUUUGCACAAUGGAAAUGGACAUUCAGUAUUUUUGUAGACAGGUAAAAGAGCAACACGCUGACGAGACACAUUCUCGCUAACCUUGUUAGCUGCUGCCAGAAAACACGAGUUAGUGACAUUGUAAGAAGACAAAAUAUUUAAGUGUUGCUUUCAAGGGCGCAGCGUCACCUUAUUUAGAAAGUGGUCGCUAGAAAAUAUUGCUAGAAUUUAAAAAUAUUAAUAGAAAGGUAGUUUUGAGCUGAUACUUAACCUGCCUUUGGUAUCGGUACGAUUGAUAUUUGAUCAGAAGGUCGGAUGUGUCAGGCUUUCCCCUGACAGUUUGUCUAUGUUUUAGUUUUUUCCUCUGCAUUUGUCUGUUUCCUCUGUGUUUAGUAUCUCCUGUCUUUAGUUCCUGUCUAGUGCUCUUAUUUUGUCAGCUUCCUGUCUUGUUCCCUGAGUGCUGUGUUCCUCCUCAGCUGCGGCUGAUUGGGACCUGGCCACACCUGUUGCCAAUCAGCCUGCUCCUAUUUGUACCUGCUUUGUCUUGUGUCAGUUGCUGGAUCAUUGUAUUGUCGUUGGCACAUAUCACUCUUGUCGUGCUGCCUGUCGUGUCGUUUUGUUACAGCUACUACCUCCAUCCAUCCAUUUUCUACCGCUUAUUCCCUUUUGGGGUCGCGGGGGGCGCUGGCGCCUAUCUCAGCUACUAUCGGGCGGAAGGCGGGGUACACCCUGGAUAAGUCGCCACCUCAUCGCAGGGCCAACACAGAUAGACAGACAACAUUCACACUCACAUUCACACUACCUGUCAUGCUACAUUUUGUCCUGGUCGUCGUAGCGGUAAUCUGUUUCUGUUAGCAUUAGUUAUUUCCAGUUUUUCUGUUUGCUAUCCACUAGCUUCCAUGCUAAAGUUCCUUUUUGUUUUCUAGCUUCCAGUGCUAGUUCCCUUAGUUUGUUAUUCCGCCCACGUGCGUGCUUUUUGUUUGUUCUUGUUUAGUUUUAAUUAAAUCAGGUUUUCAUAUUCUAUGCCUGCCUCCGUCUUUGCAUCUUGUGGUUCAUCACCAAUUAACUGUGACAGGACGGAACUUAUUGUCGUUGGACAAGAACAACAACAUUGAAUUUUUAGCAGAAACCCGUUCGAGAGCAGUCACAACUUGUACAGGGUAACUGAACAGGAUUAGGGGGUCCGGUAAAAAGUGGGAAAAAUGUAGGCAGGUGGGGAUGAUGAGUAAAAAAAAAAAGUUGAUCUCAGACUGAGUUUCUAUGGGGGGAGCGUCGUCCAUGCUUCGAUGGCCUAUGCUCAUAUACACAUGUUGACACGGAAACACGAAGACUUGCAACAGGAGGCGAGCAAAGCUGCGAGCCGCAUGGAGUGCUGCUCCGUUUUCCAGGGAUACCAAAUGGGGUGAAACGUCAAAGGCGUAGGAUGGGGGUUUGGUGUGGGAGACAGAGGUGUUUGUUGCGUCUUCACUGCACUGUCCUCUGGGAGUCUCGAAGUCACAACCUCGCCACGUCGCUUGCAGCCAAGGGAAGCAAUCCAGAUUAGAACGUUUGUGUUUGAGCAAGCGAAAACAAAUUCACACUUUUUACUCUAAAUGUCUAUGUGGGGUCCUCAAAUGUAUCAUACUUCGCAAUGCAGAGCAGAUGGUGUCUCCAAGAUGUCGUCAAGUUUGCACAUUAGUCCAAAAUCUCAUAUGUCAUAAAGCCAGGAAGUGUAAUAUUUGGAUCUAUCCACCCACAAGUGACAUCUGGUUGGCCAAAAGUUGUAGCAUAAAUAGAGUGGGUAAAAACAUCUCAAAUGAGGGUAUUUGGAGCAGUGUGUGUGUGUGUUUUCCGGGUGGAUGGAGGCACCGCAUGGUCACAUGGGCAUGAGGAAGUAUUUUAAGGACAUAUGUUCCCGUGAUAGUUGCGGAAACAGGAGGCAUGUUUGAGAUGCAAUCAUUUUUGUUUACCGCUUAACUAUGUGCCAUAGCGCUUUAUUAUAUGUUUUGUUUUACACCAUACCACUCGACUUUACGCCACAAAAAUUCAAUAUUCCAUUGCAUCUUGUUACAGACAGGGAAUACAAAGGAACCUCGAUUUACAAAUGCCUUGAUUUGCAACUUUUCGGUUUAUGAGCGUUUACAUCACGCAAAAUAUGCCUGUGUGAGAACCAUGUCUCAGGAACACUUCAUUCCUUCAUUCAUUUUGCAUGCCGCUUGAAGGCAUCAAGGGCUGCCAUUUUGAUGACAUCACUUCCUGUACCAGUGGUCAUGACCAUUGAGUGGCCUAGUGGUUAGAGUGUCCGCCCUGAGAUCGGUAGGUUGUGAGUUCAAACUCCAGCCGAGUCAUACCAAAGACUAUAAAAAUGUGACCCAUUGCCUCCCUGCUUGACACUCAGCAUCAAGGUUUGGAAUUGGGGGUUAAAUCACCAAAAUGACUCCCAAGCGCGGCCACCGCUGCUGUCCACUGCUCCCCUCACCUACCAGGGGGUGAACAAGGGGACGGGUCAAAUGCAGAGAACACAUUUCACCACACUUAGUGUGUGUGUGACAAUAAUUGGUACUUUAACUUUUAACUGUUUGCAUCCUGUACACACCGGCGCUGCCUUUUAGAAGAAUUUCAACAGCUAGCGGCACUUCUGACAUGUUUAUUUUUAUAAUUGUCGUACCUUGUGCAGGUCAGCGCUUUGUCAGCCUGUCUUAGAAAUCACUUUGUGUGAUCGUAAACUGCUUUAAAUGUGUCCAGAUUUCACAAUCUCGUAUUUGUACAGGUUGCUAGACAACUGCUCUGAGCGAGCGCUUUAGUUAGCCUCCAGCUUGCCACCCCUUCAGUUCGAGGGUUUUAUCAGUGAAGGGGCCUUUGUUCUACAUCAAGUCUUUAAUUGUUAGGAAACUAAAAAGAAUGCCACAGCGGACCUUUAUUACAUGAAGUAUCGCCAACACUGCUCGUUUGUGCUAGCGGUGACCAUGUGUAUGCGUGUUGACAUUUAAGCCUGAUGUAAUGUUGUGUUGUUUGGAUAAAAAAAGAGAUUGUUCAGCCAUUACUUCCAUUACCUUAUUGAUAUGUUGGUUUGUAUAUAUAUAUAUAUAUAUAUAUAUAUAUAUAUAUAUAUAUAUAUAUACAUUUGGUCUUUAAAUAAAUGCGGUUAAAUCAAUGGUGUUAAAUCAAUAUUGGCUCAAUGAUGUUAGUUAUGUCACUAUGCUGUGUGUUUAGUUUCACAUUUACUGUAUGUGCAGUCAGUAUUGUCAUUUUACUGUAAUUCAAAGAAAUAAAUAUUCAACUGUG